AUAAAAAUUUAAUUGCAAUAAAUUACUGAAUAAAUUUGUUUGAAAAAUAAUUCGCAUAAACUAAACCUGAAAAUGAUGUCCUUAAAAACUUUCAUUUUUGCUAGCAUAUCCCUUGCUGUCAUUUCCUGCAUCUAUGCACAACUGGCUCCCGGUUCAAAUGCCUAUUUACCACCAAAGCAGAACGGAUAUGACUACAAACCACCAAACACACCAUUCCAACCACCACCAACCGGACCACGGCCACCAGGCCCACCAACUCCUCCACGUCCACCAAUAGGACCACCAGGUCAACCUCCUCGUCAACCAAACGGUGAUGAUCACGUACAUGUUCCUGGCAUGCCUUUCGAUUUCCAAUACGCUGUUAAUGACAUUGAAAGCGGAAACGACUAUGCCCACAAGGCCGAGAGUAAUGGGGAUGUGGUGAACGGCGAAUAUCGUGUACAAUUACCGGAUGGUCGCACACAAGUUGUCAAGUACACAGCAGACUGGAAGACCGGCUAUCAUGCGGAGGUGAGUUACGAAGGAGAGCCACAAUUUCCACAAGGACCUGGUGGUCGAGCUGGUUAUAAAUAUUAAGCGUACACCCAUAUUCCAUAAAACUCACAUGUAGGAAGAAGCUACAGAAGACGAGAAAAUCAAAACUUUUUUCAACGAAUCUAAAGUGAAAAUUUUUAAGGCGCAUUUUUUCUGCCAUUUUUUUUUUUAUUUAAUUUGAUGAUUGAAUUUUGUGAAAAUUAGUCACAAAAUUUGGCCUUUAUCACAUAAAGAAUUAAUGCAUGUAAAAUUUUUGUAACAAUUUUUUUU